AGUUAUAGGAGAAAUGGAUACAGAGAAAGGAUGGAGUGACGGAGGAGUAAGAUAAGGAGGAGGAGGACACAGGACCUGACCAGACAGCAAGGUUCAGUAAGUCACUGGCAGACAUGAACAGAAUAAUGGGACCUGGGAAACAAAGAAUGUGACUAUUAACUCCUCCUGUGCUGGAGAGUUUAAGAAGCUUCUUACCUGACUGCAUCAUUUUUUUGACCUGUAGUCAGUUACUGGUCUUCAUGACAGGAACCUACAGCUGGCUAUCUCUGACCACUUCUGCUUUACUUCUGCACUGAUUCCGCUUAGAGUUUCAGAUUUACUAAGAACUUUUUUCCCUUAACUCCUUUCAAGCCAGAAAACUCCAGUGACCGCUGUGUGUGCUCACCAAAAUGUCUGUGUUCAUGUGAACAUUGAAGACAAGCUUCCCUCAUUUUACCUGUUUAGCUUGGCACCUCACUGCCACAUUCCUCAAUUUAUCACCAAAGAGAGGACACCAACAUGGAUUUGCUAGCUCAACUAUGUCUAUGUCUGUCAGGACUUUCCUUGUGCCUGAGUCAGGAUGGGGCAGGCUGGGGACAAAUGAUCCAGUGGGAAGAAAGUGGAAGACAUUAUCGGCUGCUGAAUUCAGGGUCUGAAUACCAGGCUGCAGGAGAGGGCACAGGAGGAACUAGGGUUAUAUUGGAUGGAGGUCGAAGUGGUGUGGAUCUCCGCCGCCAAGCACCCACCAUACCACGCACUGGAUCUCAGACAGUCAGGGGCAAUGCUCGUCACCCAUUUGGUUUUGGACAAGUGCCAAAUAAUUGGCAAGAGGGAAGUGAAACAGCCAGCACAGGUCGUUUUAUUCCUUCCGCAGGUGCUGGAAGAGGAGGGGGUACUAGAACACGUCAAUCGUCAUCCCAGAAUUCUGUAGGACAGUCUUUUGUCCCAAGACCACAGCCUCCCUUUGUGCCUCAGCCCGAAUAUAACCCUCAGGCGUAUGAAGAGAGCUAUGGUUAUUCUAGAGGUGGGGGUAGUUAUGCUGCACAACCUCCUUGGGGAGGAGGUUAUGAAGAUUUCUAUGAGGAGCCUUCACCACCUUUUGCACAACCACCGUAUUUUGCUCCCCCAGUUUUGCCCCCUCGGCAGUCGGCUCCAGUUAAUCCAGUUGUCCCCCAAGAUGGACUUGACAGGCGCUUUGCUCACAGUCUUUUCAGGGGAGGUGAUAUCCCUGUAGAAAGUGACCCAGUAAACCCAGUAGCAGGUGGAGGUGGUGAUGCAAGGCUGCCACCAUAUGGUGGAGUAAAUCAGGGAGAGGGAUACUAUGGUGCACAAAGGCCAGAUUAUUUUCAACCACAAAACCGUCCAGCUAGUACUCCGAGCAAUGGCGGCGAAUCACAGAUCGGACAACAAGGAAGAGCCAGUGCUGGGAGCGUUUUUCGUGGUGGUGCUCAGAGUCGUAGAGGGCUUCCUGAUUUGGUUCCUGAUCCAAACUAUGUUCAGGCUGCAACCUUUGUCCAGAGAGCUCAUCUGUAUUCCCUUCGAUGUGCAGCAGAGGAGCGUUGCCUUUCGAGCUCUGCAUAUGCGGCAGAUUCUUCAGAUUAUGAUGUUAGAGUUCUGCUUCGCUUCCCACAAAGAGUGAAGAACCAGGGAACUGCAGAUUUCUUGCCUACAAGACCCCGCGAGACAUGGGAGUGGCACAGCUGCCAUCAACACUAUCACAGUAUGGAUGAAUUCAGUCAUUAUGAUCUAUUGGAUGCCACAACAGGACGGAAAGUGGCAGAGGGACAUAAGGCCAGCUUCUGUUUGGAGGACACCACAUGUGACUUUGGAAACCUCAAGAGAUAUGCAUGCACCUCUCAUACUCAGGGUCUAAGUCCUGGCUGUUAUGACACAUACAAUGCAGACAUUGACUGUCAGUGGAUUGAUAUAACAGAAGUAAAACCAGGAAACUAUAUACUUAAGGUAGUAGUCAAUCCCAAGUACAGCGUUUUGGAGUCUGAUUUCACCAAUAACGUGGUGCGGUGCAAUAUCCACUAUACUGGAAGAUAUGUGUCAGCCACUAAUUGCCGAAUCACACAGUUCUGAGCAAGAUUCUUAAGGAAAUUAUUGUGCAUAGGAAUUUUGGGAAUCCUAUGCCAUUCUCACAAGCACUCGAGCAUUCUUAUUAAUACUUUUGUGAAACCCCCUCACUUUUUAUACCCAUUAAAUAAAUUCUAUUACCUCCCUCCACGUAAAUUCAUCUGCUAGAAAUGUGUGGUUUCUUUUGACAAAUAUUACAAAGCAUUUGUGUGUUUUUUUUUUUUUUAAGUAUAUAACCUUAACACAAUAUAGCAAGUAAUAAGACAUGCAAAUCUUUUUGGGCAUUCUUACAUUAAAGAGGUAUUCUGGGGUGAAAUAAAAAAAAAAAUGUCCAGGAAGGUUAAACAUAAAGAUACAUUUAUCUCAUUGUCCCCACCACUGCUAUUCUGCUGCUGCUGCUGUCUCUGCUGCUCCCCACUUCCUGGUCCUGUCUUGGCCACAGGAAAUGGUUGAAAAUGCCCACUUAGUCACUGCGGCCAGUAAUAGUAUCAAGUAUUGAUGUGUAUGUUUUACUAUUUUAUAAAACAUAUAGUUAUUUUUCCCAAGUCACUGUAUAGUUUCUAGCAGUAAAGAUGCCUGGGAGAGGUGAAUAAUGAAAACUAAAGCCUGUUUAGUUUAGUGACCAAUGGGAAAUUAUAGGUAGAACAGGAAGAUACCCCAAGCAGAGAACUGAGAAAGAGAGCAUUGUAUAAAAGAGGAGUUGCUUGCGACAGCUACAAGUAUUGGUUAAAGGGGUUCUCUCAAUAUUAGGGUAUGACCACACAGCGCGGUCAUGAUGCGCUUGGGCCGUGGCCAGCUGCGGUCAAAAACCGUGCGGCCAAUUAGGCCACAGCUGCCUGAUAUUUAACUAACGAAGACUACACUAUUUAGGUGGUCUGAAUUCGUAAAGGCUUCAUGGCACCUUCAAUACUGUGCGUGAAUUAAGAAUUCAGACUGUCUAGCCCAAGGAUGCACAACUUUUUCUUCCUGGGGGCCACAAAGUCAGACUGAACCAAUCGGGGGCUAAAUAUAAAACUUAAAGGGGUAUUACCAACUGAAAUACUAUAUUUAUGGCAUAUUGAGCAUACAGUAUAUUCCAUAAAUGUCUGGUUGUCAGCAGCCACAAGACAUAGAUAUACAUGUCUGUUACCAGUUGGUUGGGGGACGCACAGAAUGGUAUCAGGGCCGCAUGUUGCCCCCGGACUGCAAGUUGUGCACCCCUGGCUUAAACAGUGCGGUCUUUAUUAGUUAACUUAGUUAAUCUUGAACGCAGCUGGUUGUGACCCAAACGAAUCACUACUGCUCUGUGUGGUCAUGGUAAAAUAUGAUAAUAGGAUAUAUAGGUACCAUCACUUUCUGAUCUUUAUGAUAAAGGAGUUGCAUAUCUGUUUAGGCACUACAGCUCCUUUACAGGGGACUGCAAGACGUCUUUGUUGAAGUGAAUGUUUCCGUGCUGCAGUUACCUGCACAGCGGGUAGAUGAGAGUGGAAGUGCUAUUAUGCAAGGAACUGUAGCGCAGCCCCGUUCACUGAAUUGAAUGAAGCACAACCAGUCCUCUGCAGGGCAAGUGAACUGGAACACCACUCCAAGGAGUUGUACCUUCUGGGAUCAAAAUGUUUUGUAAUAUCCUAGUGAUAUACCAUAUUAUAUGAAAGGAUUACUAAAGAUAAAGAUAAUGAGCAAUAUCACUUCUUUUACCUCUAUUUGCAGUUUAGAUGAUUAAUCUUACUACUGUUAACAAGAAGUUUAGAGAUGUCUCAGUGAAUUAAAGGCAAUCUGUCACCCCCAAGUGCAAUUAAGUCCAGUACUGCAUGAUUAGUACAGCUUGUGCUAAGUCUGGAUCUCUAAUUUGUAUGUUGCUACCCCCUCCCACAUUCCCCUGCUGUGCACCUCCAAACCAGCUCUGCAGUACUUUGACAGUCCUUCUGAGCUGCUGGCACAAAAUAGAGAGGAUGACCUCCUGAGCUCCUCGUGAUGUAUUCCAGGGUGGCUUUGUGGGAACACACUGGGGAAAGAGUGGGGAGUAUCAACAUAAAUAUUAGCAAUUAAAACUCAGCGCAAGCAGUACUCAUGUAGUAAUGCUCUUAAUUGCUCUUGGGGAAGGUGACAGAAUCCUUAAAAAAAAAAGUAAACUGAAAUAGUAUUUUACCUAAGGGAAAGGUUGUUGCAGAUAUUGUUCUCCGUUACCCUGAAACGGCUGCUGCUGUUGUAUACAGUUACUGUAAAUUUAUCUCAAGGUAUACUAUUACAAUAAGACAUUGCAUUAAAGACA